AUGAACUGGUUGGACUAUUUCACCCCGGUUGAAUUUACUUCAACAAUCCAGUCGAAUAGUAAUUUUCGUUUGUUGAGAGAUGACUGUGACGACGAGCAGCUGAAUCAAGCAAAACGGGCGUGGAAUAUAAGUCAACGGCAGAGUAAAGAAUUUCGUAGUGAAUUCGGUCGAACAUUUCAAGUUGAUACAGAUAAACAACGAUUCUUUGUUAUACAUGAACCAUUGAUUAAUGAGCGAAAAGAAAGAUCGAUGCCUCUUUUGGUGUUUUACCAUGGUUUGAAUUCCUCGGCUUGGUAUUGCGCACUUGCUCGAACGAAUUGGUCAAAACUAUCUGCUCAAUACAACUUUCUGGUCGUUUUCGGUCAAGGGCAAGGGACUUUCUACGAUUGCGGGCCUAUACGCGAUCAACAUGGUCAUCUUACUUUUGGAGAUCUAUAUUGGGAAGUUGAAAGUCCUCAGAGUGACUUUCACUAUCUCGAAACAAUAUUAAACUAUAUGAAAACAAAGUACAGCGAUGUAUUGGAUACAGAUCGAAUCUAUUUUAUGGGUUACUCUAAUGGUGCUCUGUUCAGCUGGAAUGUAGCUGUGUAUUAUGGUGGACAGACAUUUGCUGCGCUAUGCAAUCAUUGUGGUGGUUUUGGAGGACGCUACAAUGAAGAGAAAAUGUUACAAGCAGGAAAUAUUCGUGCAGUAUUACCAAUUUACAUUCUGACAGGUACCGAUGACGCUUAUAAAGAAAGCUGUCUUAAAGCGCAAGAGUUAUUUCAAUCAGUGAAGUGUCCUGUUAUUCUUGAGAUCAUGGAAAACAGAGGACAUUCAUAUUACAUGGACAAAGAAGAGUUUGUUUGGACACAGUUUUUUCUAAAACAUAGACGUUGUAGUCAACUGUAA